AAUAUUCUUGUAAUCUCCCUUGAAGCUUUAGUUUAUUGAAAAUGCUCGGUGGGAGCUGUGACACACUCCAUAAUCAAGAACCGAUCGCAGGAAGUAAAGAAGAAAGGAACAAACCAGAGAAAAAAAGCAAAUAGGAACACUGGGUCUGAAUAAUUUUUGGAAAAUUUUCAAAAUGUUCCGAAUUGGAAAAUAUUUUUCGCCUCAGCGUGAAUCGCUGAUGAGGACGUAUGCCACGAAGAAAAUAAUCGCCAUCCGCCGCGAAGACCAAAGCGUCUGGGAACGUCGCGCCCCUUUCUCACCCUCACACGUCCGAAAAUUAGUCAAAACAGGCGUCAAAAUCAUCGUCCAACCGAGCAAUCGUCGCGCCUACCCCAUGCAAUCCUACCUAAACGCAGGAGCCAUAAUCCAAGAGGACAUCUCUGAAGCAAACAUAAUUUUUGGAGUAAAACAAGUACCAAUCGAGCAACUUAUCCCCAACAAAACCUACUGCAUAUUCUCACACACUAUCAAAGCCCAAGAGUCAAACAUGCCCCUCCUUGACGCCAUCCUCGAAAAACGCAUAAGACUGAUCGAUUACGAAAAACUGAUGGAUGAGAAAGGCCAAAGGGUUGUGGCGUUUGGCAAAAUGGCCGGAAUUGCAGGAACCGUGAACAUUUUUCACGGACUAGGUUUGAGACUACUGGCCUUAGGACACCAUACACCUUUUAUGCACAUUGGACCAGCUCACAACUACCGUAACUCAAGCAUGGCCAAGCAAGCUGUUCGAGAUGCUGGAUAUGAAAUAGCACUUGGUUUGAUGCCAAAAUCAAUCGGACCGUUAACUGUGGUGUUCACUGGAUCAGGAAACGUGUCUCAGGGCUCCCAAGAAGUGUUCCAAGAACUACCACAUGAAUACGUAGCUCCCGAGUCUUUGAAAAAAGCGGCAGAACAUGGCAGUUUAAAUAAAGUCUAUGCUUGUGAGGUGAGGAGAAGACACUACUUGGAACGUGCAGAAGGUGGUGGUUUUGACCCAGUCGAGUAUGAGGAGCAUCCAGAACGUUACAUUUCCACAUUUAGUAAAAAAAUUGCACCGUAUGCUUCCAUCAUCAUUAACGGAAUUUACUGGGCUGUUAACAGUCCCAAACUUUUGACUAUUCCGGACGCUAAACAUUUGUUAAGGCCUGCACACACGCCCUGGCUUCCUACUUCAAUAGGUGCGCCAGCUUUGCCUCAUCGGAUGUUGGCGAUUUGUGAUAUUUCGGCUGAUCCUGGAGGUUCGAUUGAGUUUAUGAAUGAGUGUACGACGAUUGAUACGCCGUUUUGUCUCUACGAUGCUGAUAGGAAUAAAGAUACGAAGAGUUUUAACGGACCGGGGGUUUUGGUCUGCAGUAUUGAUAAUAUGCCGACGCAAAUUCCAAGAGAAAGUACUGACUUUUUUGGGGAUUUGUUGUUCCCGUAUGUGCAAGAUAUUAUAAAGUCUAAUGCGCAGCAACCUCUCGAGAGUCAUAGUUUUUGUCCAGCUGUUGAUGGAGCAAUCAUCGCCAGCAACGGCAAACUCACUCCCAACUACGAAUACAUCCAAGAAUUGCGAAAAUCAGCAAUUAAAAGCAGGCACAAAGCAAGUAGCGAGUCCUCAAGCGUGGAAAAACAGGUCGUUAUCGUGGGCGCAGGACGGGUAGCUGCACCUUUGGUGGAAUACCUCCACAGGGACAAAUCCGUCGGUAUCACCGUCGCGUGCGAACAGAAAGACUUGAGCGAUAACUUAGCUCGAGCUUUCCCCGGCAUCGAAAGCCUCUACUUGAACGCUGUGGAGAACUCUAACACUUUGGAAGAAAUUGUCAAAAAAGCAGAUGUUGCUGUUUCAAUUCUUCCAGCUAACUUGCACCACAUUGUGGCCCAGGCAUGUAUCAAGGAAGGCACCCAUAUGGUCACGGCUAGUUACAUGAGCCAGGAAAUGAAGAAUUUGCACCGGGAAGCAGUCGAUGCCGGUAUCACAGUGCUUAAUGAAGUAGGUUUGGACCCAGGAAUCGAUCAUUUGUUGGCUCUAGAAUGCAUCCAAGAAGUGCAACAAGCUGGAGGACGAAUCACCUCAUUUGAGUCGUUCUGUGGAGGGCUCCCGGCACCAGAAUUCAGCGAUAAUCCUUUGAGGUACAAGUUUUCGUGGUCACCAAGAGGCGCUCUGUUGAACACGCUAUCGUCAGCACGGUAUUUGAGCAAGGGACAAAUUGUUGAAAUUAGCGCAGGAGGAGAGUUGAUGAAUACAACCAAAACGCUUGAUUUUCUCCCUGGUUUCAACCUUGAAGGUUUCCCCAAUCGAGAUAGCACAAUUUAUGGAAAAUACUACGGAAUUGAAGACGCUUUAACUGUUUUGAGAGGCACCAUCAGAUACACGGGUUUUGCCCAAGCUGCAAGGAUGUUGCAAUUUUUGGGGCUGCUAGACCCAGAACCACAUCCAGCACUGCAUGCUCAAGGGCCCGAAAUCACUUGGAGAAUGCUCAUUUGCAACCUCCUAGGCCUCGAAAACCACAACAUCUUCUACGAUAACCUCAAGAACCAAAUUGUUGAACGGACAGGUUCCGAGUUUUCCGUCGAUUUGCUUGAAGAAUUAGGUUUGUUGGACGAACAUGGUGUGAUUAAAUGUGGAUCUCCAUUGGAUACUCUCACUCAUUACCUCUCAACUAAAUUGGCGUUGGAAAAACAUGAGCGUGAUUUGGUGAUUUUGCGUCACGAAAUCGGUAUUAAUUGGCCAGACAACAGGAAAGAGAUCAGAGGUGUUAAUUUUGUUGUUUAUGGAGAUGCUAAUGGCUAUUCUGCCAUGGCAAAGACUGUUGGGUAUCCAGCGGCUAUUGCGACGAAAAUGAUUUUGGAUGGUGAAAUACAAGAUAGGGGAAUGAUUCUUCCAUUUGCCUCCGAAAUUUACAGAACGAUUUUGUCCAGAUUGCGAAAUGAGGGCUUGAAUAGCACUGAAACAUCGAAAUUUAUUUAAAUUAUUAUCGAUAAGACUUUUUUAUUUAAUAAAAUGCUUUGGCAAAUUCACAGA